AGCCACAGCUGCAGCUGAAGAACUUCAAGCAGGUGGAAAAUUAUCGGACUCAGGGCCCAACACCCUAGAAACCUCCAAGUGGGACUGGUAGGGGUGGGGGGCACCUUCGUGCUGGAAACUUCAUUAAUCCAUCUGAGGCUUUUCAAGGGGAAGACGCCUGGUGUGGCAAAUUGGAGGAGUCCCAGCCCAGAGGAGAUUGGAGUUAGGAGCCAAGGUAAGGUCCCUUGAAGUUGAUAGGGAAUCAAGUAGAUGAGGCCUGGGGGCUCUAUCCCCGAUUCCCUGAAAUGGGGGUUAGUAAUACCUAAUAUAAAGCUUACCAUAUGCCAGGUGCUGUCCUAAGAGCUUUACUUCUAGUAAGGUGUUUUAAAUCAUUUUUAUUUUUCAAUUACAGUUGAUUCUAGUAAGAGUUUUAAUUCUCUACAAUAACCUUAUGAGACAGGUGGUAUUAGCCUUCAUACGGAUGGAACGGCCGAGAUGGGAUAUGAAUCCACGCAGUCAGGCUUCAGAGCCCUUGCUCUAGCAAUCUGGAGGACUUGUGGCCUCUGGUAUGGGCCAGGAGUUGGACUGGGGUGGAGGUAGAGUCCUGGCUUUCACAGGUGUCUAGGGGUCCUAUGCCCCAACGUCCACUGUUUCCUUCUUCCUGGUUUCCUGGGAAAGCCGCAAAGGCGCUGUGAACGGAAGUCCUGCGGUCGCGGGCCCCUAGGCUGCAGACCCCGCCGGGGAUGGAGCCCCAGUGCCUCCUCUUGUUUGCCGCGCUGCUCCUGGGGCAGGGGGUGCUGCAGGAAGCCUCCCAGUUCUGCAGCCCCCUAGAGUACUGGAACCCUGACACCCUGAGCUGCCGCAGCUGCCUGCAGCGCUUCGGGACCCCGAAGCCUGGCCAUGAGUUUUCGGAAAACUGCGGGCUCAAUGACUUUGGUGAUCACGAAAGGCACCCCUUCAAAGAAUGUCCUCCUGGGAUGUGCAACCCCAACAGCGCGGAGCAAUGCAGCCCCUGUGGCAGGACAGCCAGGACCCCCACUCCCGCGACAACCGGGUGGCACGGCGAACAGAAGCCGUCCUCUACCAAGGAUUCCAGCCCUCUGAAGCCUGAAACACCCAAAGUCCUAAGCUCCCAGGAGCCCAGCUCACUGACGAUUUCCAGCUCCUUGCUGACACAUGAGCACACUGUCCCUUGGCAGACUUUUGCCCUGCCCCUGGUUCUGCUGGUUCUGCUCCUGACCUCAGCAGCUAUCCUCCUGUUCAUCCUGCAAAGGCACAGCCUCCGCCACCGCUACCCUGGCUUGGCUUCCAGAGACUCCAAAACCUCUAGAGGCUUUCUGGAGGCAUCAGAAGCAGAGCUGUCAAAUCUGACAUCGAAGCCCCUGUCUUGCCUGUUGGAUGAACUGGAGGUGCUGGAGGAGCUGAUUGUGCUGCUGGACCCUGAGCCUGGGCCUGGUGGGGCAUUGGCCUGUGGUACCACUCGACACCUGGCUGCAAAAUAUGGACUGCCUGCUGCCUGGUCCACCUUUGCCUACUCACUGCGACCCAGUCGCUCGCCUCUGCGUGCCCUGAUUGAGGUGGUGGUGGCAAAGGAGCCCUCUGCUUCUCUGGGCCAGCUUGGCAUACACCUGGCCCAGCUAGGGCGUGCAGAUGCACUGCAGGUGCUGUCCAAGCUUGCCUGAUCUGGGGCUCACCUGGCCUAGUAUGGGUCAAGUUUCCCUUGAAAUAAGUGCCUUCUGUUUCCUGAAGUCAUUAGGAUCCCUCUUGAAAUAGUCUUAAAUGGGUCAAGACUCAACAGACAUCUCAUCCUCCACUUCCUGACCUCCCUCCCCCAAGAAAAGGGGCCUUUCUAUCAUACACAUAGACCAGAUGUGGGAGAGCUGGCCUUGGGUGCCUCUGGGCAACCAGGGUCUGCUUUUGAGAAAAAUUGCCAUUCCAAGAGAGCUCACCCCCAGGCACCCAGCUGGGUUCUAACUUACAAUAUAUAGAACAUUUGUUGUUCUGAAGACAGACCCCACAACUUACUUCUAAUUCUGAACAAUGGCCUCUCACCUCCAUGAUGAGGCUAAUGGGCUUUCUUAGCUCAGAAUGGGUGUGGGGCACAGAGAAAUGGGAGCUCCGACCUGACCCCAGCACCAUACAAACUGGAAGACCACCUCUCCAAACAUUGACAGACUU